AUGCACAAAACAGAAGCGGGCGGGAUUCGCCUGGGUUUGCACACGCCCGAUGACGUACGGCAGGCAUUCGGCGAGGUUACCAACAACGCGCUGGAGUACGACCGCAACGCCACCAUCGACGGGGCCUUGGUGCAGCAAAUGAUUACGGGCGGCGUGGAGACUAUCGUGGGAGUGUCUUACGACAGCCAAUUGGGACCAGUGCUGCUGUUUGGCACCGGCGGGGUGAUGGUGGAGAUAUACAACGACGUAGCCCUGCGGCUGUGUCCCAUCAACCGGGAGGAUGCGCUGGAGAUGAUUGGCGAGGUGAAGGGAGUGGGGCUGCUGCGCGGGUUCCGGGGAGCGCCGCCUGCCGACAUUGACGCCCUGGCCGACGUAUUGGUCAGCGUGUCACAGAUGGCAGUUAGCCUGGAAGGGCGGCUGACCGAACUGGACAUCAAUCCAUUGAUGGUCCUGCAGGCUGGCCAGGGUGUGGUGGCUGCCGAUGCGCUGGCGGUUCUGGCUGACCAGUAA